AUGGAUUUAAGCAACUGUACUGGGGGAAAUUUAUUAGAAGGGGAGAAAUUGACCGAUAGGAACAUAGCAAAUGCAGAGUUCGAGCUUGUGGAGGUAAAGGGUCUAAACAAGGGGUCCCUUCAAUUUAAAUUGGAACAAACAAAUUUGGCAAGUCCAGCUAAACUUUCCCAAACAUGCCCGGACAAGUGGAAACGCGAGAAAGAUGGUAUGCUUUCCAUUGGUUGCGAAAAAAGGACGUGGAAGAAGGAAGAAUUGACGCAACAUCGACAUUGCACAGCUAGCAGGGACGGUGGCAACAAGCGAAGGCUAAAGCAGAAUCAAAGAUGCCCGUCUUCUUUGGAUUGGACUCUGGUGGAGCAAAGAGAUAAUCAGAGGCACCUUAAUUAA